AUGGAUGAAUUUAAAGCAUCUGAUUCAUUGAUUGAAUCACAAAUGCAGAAUAGAAGUUUAAUCAAACCUGAAUCUAUCGAUAAAAGUCGAGUUGUUGUUCCAGACUAUGAUUUUUUUGCAAAUUUGACUCCAGAAACACCUUUUCAAAUCAUUGCUGACAAAAUGAUUGAAUUUCGUGGAUCGGUAUCAGCGCAUGAUUUCGAAAAUUGCGAAAACAGUAAAGCAGCAGUUCAAAAAUUCAUGGAAAUAGUUGGUUCAAACGAAUAUCCUCCUAAUAUCAUCCCAACUGCUUUUACCCUCAUCGCUUUAUGCUCAAAUUCCAAAAAUUUGGACUAUUCUCUUAUAUAUUUCGAUGAAUUUAUGGAUUUUUUAUUUGAUGUUUUAUUUACAGCCAAGAAUCAACAAAUACGACUUUCAAUACUGCAAAUACUUAUCAAUUUAGUAUACCUUAAUCAUCAAAUUGCCAAUGAUUUCUUUCAAAAAAUUGAUUGGGAACAAUUUUCAAAUUUACCUGAUGCAGAAUCUAAAAUAUUCAACGAGUCUAUUAGUUGCUUCAUUUUUACACUAUUAUAUUACUCAAAUGUACCUUCUCCUGCUCAUUUUGAUGCUAUUUUACUUGUUUACCUACAAAUCUUUAAUACUAAUGUUUUUGAUAUCAAGUUUUUGAUAUCCUUGAGGUGUUUCAUUAGAAAAUCAAAGAAAAUUAUUAAAGAAAAUAAAAUUUCGCUUCAAAACUUGGUUAUUCGAACAAAUGCGCUAUUACAACCAUUUAACCAAGAGAUCUCUAUAUAUGCCUUGCAGUUUCUAGCCUCUUUAACGUGGAAUAAUGACAUAAUUUUUGCAAAUUUUGAUUUUAUUAUCAAAUCAUGCCGGAAUCCCGAGAACAAAAUAUCUAUUGCUGCUCUGAUGUUUAUGAUGAAAUAUUUUGAUAAAUUUUUUGAACAAAAGAUUGAAAUACCAAAUAGCAUUUUAGAAGGAAUCCAAAGUUCGGAUUUGAUCGAAUCUGUCAUAAAUAACUUGCUUCAGAGCAAAUUCGAAUCAAAAAUUCCUUGUAUUCAUAUUUGGCGUCAUAUGAUUCGAAUUGGAUUGAAUGGAAUCAACAAAAAGAUGAUAGACCAAGAUAUAUUCGAUACCCUUAUUUCUUUAUUGCCAGAAUGUAAAUCAGUGACUCAAAUUUACGUAAUGCAAAUUUUAUUAGAUUUAAUUCACUUUGCAAAGACAAAAAAUUUAAUAGAUAAUAUAAGUAUCGAAGGAAUCCAAGAAGAUUUGGAUUCAAUGUUUGAUUCUUGCCAAUUGAUUCCUGAUUUCAAUGAAUUGGUUCAAAUCGUUCAAGAAUUGCUGCCUGAUGAAUAG